UAAAAAUAAACAUCACACUAUAAAUGAAAUUGCCUGCUAAUAAAAAACAAAUAAAAACCAAAAAAAUAGUGUGAAAGUGUCAUAAAAUAAAUGUAAAAUUUGGCAACUCUAAUUGUGGAGUAUAAACAGUGGUACGAGCAAAGGAAAAAUAAACGCACAAUUUUAUUAAAACAGGAUCAUAUACAAAAUACUAACCACUCUUCUACGCCCUUGACAGCAACACCAAUUUGUGGUUGUUAUUGCGAUCAUGCAUCGUUCAUUGAAACCACACGCACAAGCUAAAAAGAUAACAAAAGUCGCACCACCAGCAUUGCCCGGCGAUCCCGUACCACAGCAGCAAUCCACACAGUCAGCAUAUCAACAGCAGAUACCAUUGUAUCGUUUGGGUGGCAGUAUAUCGGGUGCAGCUGGCAAAGUACAGCAUGAGGAUGGGAUUAUAAUGAGUAGUAUGGUAUCGUCACCAUCGCUCGAGGAGGGCGGCUUCAAUUUGCCACGUGAACCUACAGUAGCAUUAAGAAUUAAAGAUGAAAUAAACGAAUAUUCAUCAGCCAUGUCAACCUCAGGCUCAUCACAGACCUCGGCCACGGCUACGGCCGCCUCUAAGAACGCACAAGCUUCAGCAGCGGCUGCAGCAGCAGCAGCCGGAAAUCCCCUACUGGGCUCUUGUCCACCCACUCUAGUGCCAUGUCCCCCGCCAGUCUUUUGCGCCACUUUGCGUGAACCCCUCACACACAAGGCGGCCGUCUACUACCACCAGCAGCUGGCUCUGCAAGAGGAUCAAGGCAUCGACCUAACACAAUCACCGGGUCGUGAUUCACCCGGUUCCUCCUCUGGUUCAGCUGGUUCUGGAUCACGUCACUCAACCGCUAGUUUAGAUUCAGGUCGUGCUUCAUCAUAUCUAACCGGUGUCUCGGGCGCCGGUUCCAUACGCAGCAGUGGCGGCGGUGGUGCUCUAUCAUCGCCACGCUGCAGUUCACUUAGUUCAUGCUCGAUCGGUUCAAUGGAUCGUCAGCGCAACGAGGAGUUAAUCAUUGACUGGCUAAUGGAAAUGAAAUAUGAAGAGUAUGCUCAAUUGUUUAUAACAGCUGGCUAUGAUUUACCCACAAUUGCCCGUAUGACGCCAGAAGAUUUGACAGCGAUUGGCAUCAAGAAUCCACAUCACAGGGAGCGUAUCAAGCAGCGCAUAGAUAAAUUGCAAGUUUUGGAUAAUCUACCGCAUUUUGUGCCGGGUUCAAUCGAAGAAUGGCUGCAACUAUUACGUUUGGAAGAGUAUAUACAACCUUUGUUGGAUCAAAAUUAUAAAACAGUACGCGAUGUCACCCAAGUAACCUGGGAAGAUCUCGAGGAUAUUGGUAUUGUUAAGUUGGGACAUCAAAAGAAAAUUCUACUGGCCAUAAAACGUGUCAAAGACAUUAUAAGUGGAAAAUGGAAUCCCGGUGGUUCAAAUCCCUACAAUCAACAGAUUUAUACCAAACCCUGGCAACAAUUGCCUCCCACUCCUACUUAUUUACCCACUACACGUGUAUCAUGGGAUGAUUCGAAAAUUUAUGCCAAUACAUCACCCACUACCGAUGCUUACUACUGCACUGGUAGUAAUCAUGAAUGUUGUAAUGGCAAUGAUGUUGUUUUAAUUAAGGUACGUCAACCACGUGGCAAAAGUUUGGAAUCACUGGAGGAUAUACACGACAACAGUACACGCAGCCAUUUGACUUUUAGUCAUUACACCACAACCGACUAUGGUCACUUUGCCCAUCCCUCACAACUGCAACAGCAUCAGCAGGCUUUGCAGCAACAGCAGCAUUUGCAACAGGCUGCCCUAAUGGCGGGUGCAGCUGGCAAUGUGGCCGCCGGCCAAGGACAACGUAUGUUAAGCAAUCCAGCCACUAUGAAUUGGCGUCGUUCUUAUGAUGAUGGUGAUAUAACACCCACCAAUGAUGCUGCCGCUCGUGAACUCAUGUAUGAGGAGGGCGGUGGCACUUUGCCACGCCAACAGCGAGGCAUAUUACAAAGGGCUGUUUUAAAUACCAUGCCACCAUUGGAACAUCAUCAUUAUAUGAAUGCAGCCGCGGCUGCAGAAUAUGUCUGUCAUGCUGGUGGCCUAGGUCCGCCUACAGCUAAUGUACCACCUGGUACAGCUGGUGUAACCUCAAAUAUAGGUGCUGGCAAUGUUUUAGAUAGUUCCAGUUUAACUAAUCCCUAUUUAACUGGAAGUCCUAUGACUACGAAAAAAAUUGCUCCCGAACCUCCACGUCGCCAUUGCAGUAUACGUAAUUCACGUACUUUAAGUCAGGAUGGUUCUCAGAUAAAUCCUGCCAGUGUUGCUGCUCACGGCAUGUCGCCCAAUUUGUAUUACGGUACGGGCGGUGUGGGUCCUGGUGGCACUUCAAUGCAUCCACAUGCUGCCUAUUUGCAACAGCAGGCUUCCCAACCCAUCUAUGCCAACUAUGCCACCAUACAGCAAACCACCGCCGAAAUACAUUGUGAGAAAUUUCAUGACAAUAAGUCCAAUUCGAGCAUUGAUUCUAUUGAUACGAUUCCAUUUGCCAAUGAAAAUACUGGUACUAUCAAACAACGUUUACUUAAUCGCCAAGAAUUAACCGGAGCCACUGGAUCUCAAGGUACUCCUGGCAGCCAUUUACAUUCCUCCUCUUCCUCAUCGUCCUCAUCAUCAACAAACACUAUAGCCAAUAUUGCCCAUUCAUUCCAUUCCCUUAAAUCAUCCUCCUCACUACAUGACGCCUCCCUAAUACGUAGUGAAAGUAUUGGUUCAACCGCUAGUGGUGGUAGUGCUGGUUUAUCUUUACUAAGAUCACCUACUUUACAAUAUCCUCCCGUUAAUGCCGACAGUGCACCAUCAUUGGCUGGUCUAGGUACGGAUGAUAAUUGCUCGGCUGUCAGCUCCGCCGCCGCCUCCUCCAUCGAUAAUCCUAACGAUACAAGUGCCAUAGCGUCCGCCGCAACGGGUGUAGCCGGUAUCAGUGUUGGAGCAGUUGCAGCCGGCGGUCAAAAGGUUUCGGUAAAUGUGCUCAAUGAUAUUGGUAAUAUGUUGGCAAAUCUCACCGAUGAAUUAGAUGCCAUGUUAGAGGAAGAGAAACGUGUAGGUUUAAAUAUAGACAGUGAAUAGGCCGUAGUUGAACAGAUUAAAACAGUUU